UAUUAUUAUUUUUUUUGUCAUGGGGCGUUGGGGGUCUGGUGGUGUCUCUUGAGCGCAGUUUCAAGAUACAUCUUGGGAAGGUAGCAGUACAUUUACCGCUCAAAGUGAGUCCGGAGCCUAAGGCGUGGGCUUGGACGGACAGAGUCCUGACUCCAAAGAGACCCGAUCCUCCUUGUUUUUCACUGGGCCGACCUGCGAUCCGCAAGGGCUCGGCAAGAUGAGUGACAUGAGUCGACUAACGGGAAAGAGUGGUGACGAAACUUUGAUUGAGAUGAGCCUGAACUCCCUAUGUGAUGAGGACAACAACGGCUUCCACCACAAUCGCCAUGACGUCGACACUGAUGACUCUCCCCACCCCCAGCUUGACCCUUCAGAGGUCCAGGGUCACGGCUCCUGUGAAUCUCUGGGUCCUGAGGUCCAGGGUCACGGCUCCUGUGAGUCUCUGGGUCCUGAGGUCCAGGGUCACAGCUCCUGUGAGUCUCUGGGUCCUGAGGUCCAGGGUCACGGCUCCUGUGACUCCCUCCGCUCCAGUCUGCCCUCCAUCCCCUCUCACCACUCAGGCUCUGACCACAGUGACAGCAGCCCUGAACGUGCACAGACCCUUAAACGCACGUCCACUGUGACUGGGCUUACUGGGAUGUGCAGAAAGAGGGCUCUGUUCCUGAAGCAUCGCUCCAGGGUUGACAAGCAUCAACAGAGUAAGGACUCUGUGUUCUUCCGUGAUGGAAAGAGGAGGAUUGACUUCAUUCUGUCCUAUGUGGAUGACCGAGACGGAGAGAGGAAACAGGAGAGGAGGAGGGAGUAUGAAGCUAACCUACAGAAGGCAGGCCUGGAGCUGGAGACGGAGGACAAAUCGGAGUCAGAUGACGGUAAGACAUACUUUGUGAAGAUCCACACUCCAUGGGAUGUGCUAGCCACCUACGCCGAUGUCCUCAAGAUCAAGGUUCCGUUCAAGAAAAGUGACAUCCCCACCCACAAGGACAUUCCCAUGAACUGGCUGUUCACUCCCUUCCGUCUACCGGACCACAUUAUGAAUCCUGAACCAGACUACUUCACCUCACCCUUCAACAAGGGAAAGACUGACUUCUUCCUCAUCGAUGACAAGGACACCUUCUUCCCUCCCUCCGUCCGCAACAGGAUAGUGUAUUAUAUCCUGGCCCGCUGUGCGUACAACAAGGAGGACAAGGACAAGAAGGGUCUCAAGCGCCUGCUCAACAACGGGACCUACGGGUCUGCCUUCCCACUUCAUGAUUCUCGGUACUGGAAGGCAUCCAGGGACCCCAACAGUGAGAGUGAGAGAUUCAGCCUCUAUAAAAACUGGGCCCGGUUCUUCAGUUUCUUCAAAGAGCAGCCUCUCAACUUGAUACGGAAGUAUUACGGGGAGAAGAUUGGGAUCUACUUUGCCUGGCUGGGUUUCUACACUGAGAUGCUGUUCUUCGCUGCGGUAGUAGGCCUGAUCUGUUUUCUCUAUGGAUUGUUCACCUUCGAUGACAACAUCUGGAGUAAAGAAAUCUGCAGUGAGGAGAUCGGAGGCAACAUCAUCAUGUGUCCGCUGUGUGAUAAGACAUGUGGCUACUGGAAACUCAACACAACGUGUAACUCGUCCUGGCAAUCGCACAUGUUUGACAAUGUGGGGACGGUGUUCUUUGCCAUAUUCAUGGGGAUUUGGGUGACUCUGUUCCUGGAGUUCUGGAAGCGUCGCCAGGCCCGGCUGGAGUAUGAGUGGGACCUGGUGGACUUUGAGGAAGAGCAGCAGCAGCUCCAGCUGCGACCGGAGUACGAGACCAAGUGUACCAGCCAACGCCUCAACCGCGUCACACAGGAGAUGGAGUGGGUCCUUGACAGGACGGCAGCUGAUCUGGUGGGCAAAGUGCUCCUGUGUUGGGCCACCGUGGUGCUGUGGAUCUCCCUGAUCAUAGCGUGUAUCAUCGGGGUGAUAGCGUACCGUCUCGCUGUGUACGCGGCAUUUGCUAGCAUCAUGAAGGACAGCCCCACCAACAACAUCCACGUGGUGGGCUCCUUCAUCACCCCUCAGCUCGCCACCUCUGUCACCGCGUCCUGCAUCAACUUCGUCAUCAUCAUGAUCCUCAAUGUGAUGUAUGAGAGAGUGGCCAUCUGGAUCACUGACAUGGAGGUCCCCAAGACCCACCUGGAGUACGAGAACAAGCUGACAGUGAAGAUGUUCCUGUUCCAGUUUGUCAACUACUACUCUUCCUGUUUCUACGUGGCCUUCUUCAAGGGGAAGUUCGUCGGCCGUCCUGGAGACUACAUCUACAUGUUCGGCUGGAGCAAGCUGAGGAACGAGGAGUGUGACCCCGGUGGCUGUCUCAUUGAGCUGACCACUCAGCUGGUCAUAGUGAUGGCAGGCAAACAGGUGUGGGGUAACGUCCAGGAGGCUCUGGUCCCGUGGCUACUGAACUGGUGGGGGAGCCGUAAAGCCCGCAGCCACCCAGAGAGUCUGUACAGCCGCUGGGAGCAGGACCACGACCUGCAGAACUUUAGCCAUCUGGGACUCUUUUAUGAGUACCUGGAGAUGGUGAUCCAGUUUGGUUUCAUCACUCUGUUCGUGGCCUCCUUCCCUCUGGCCCCCCUGCUGGCGCUGUUGAACAACAUCAUAGAGGUUAGAGUGGAUGCCUGGAAGUUCACCACCCAGUUCCGCCGGCCCGUGGCGGCCAAGGCCCACAGCAUCGGAGCCUGGCAGGAAAUACUGAACGGAGUUGCCGUCUUCUCAGUCGUCACCAACGCGUUCAUCGUAGCCUUCACAUCAGACAUGAUUCCCCGGCUGGUGUACAUGUAUGCCUACAGCCCUGGCAACGAUCUCUCUAUGAAGGGCUACAUCAACAAUAGCCUGUCGGUGUUCAACAUCUCUGGGUUCUCUGACGACAACCGGCCUGAUGAUGGAGAAAGCCCUGAAUGGUUCAACAGCUCUGUCAUCACCACCUGCAGGUAUCGUGACUACCGCUACCCUCCAGGCCAUGAGAAGCAGUACACCCACACCAUGCAGUUCUGGCACAUCCUGGCUGCCAAGCUGGCCUUCAUCAUUAUCAUGGAGCACGUGGUGUUCAUGGUGAAGUUCUUUGUGGCAUGGAUGAUUCCUGACGUUCCCGCUGGGGUGAAGGCCAGGGUCAAACGGGAACGCUACCUCAUCCAGGAGUACCUCCACAAUUACGAGGUGGAGAAUCUGAAGAUUCAGCUAAGCCAGAGGAACGACGACUGCCGCUCCAACCCCGGCAUAUCCCGACACGAAGUGCUGUCCGAGUGUCUCUAGCACCCGUCCCCCGCCCUCCGCCCUCCAAUUUGAUUUUGGCUCCUGUUCAUUAGGGCACACAACAGAAUUUUUUCUUUUAAACAAAUUUUCAACAGGAAAUUUAAAUGAGCGUUUUGUUAUUGGACAAAGUCCAGAUCGGACGAUUCCCAGUUUGAGUCUGUUUUGUUCCGUUUGGUGCCUAAUGAACAGGACCCUGUUCAGAUUGGGCUGGGGCCUGGGUUGGUCUUUAGGAAAUUCUCUAUAAACUACCCUGAACGGCAGGAGAUCUGUAAGGACUCUGUCUGCUGGUUGAGUGGAGAAGAAUCCUCACAGAAAAUAGUGCUUUGAGUACGUCAGUUAGUAGAAUGUAUAAAUCGAAUUCAUCAUCAUCAUCAUUAAAUACAAGGAGAUACUACAUUUAGUGUGACAUAUGAAGCGGUGCCAGAUCCGUCCAUAUGUGGUCUAUGGAUUUCACAUCUCAUCUUCAAUCAACCACCAUUCACUUCCAUCCACAAUAACACACUAAGGCUGCGUUUACACAGGCAGCCCGAUUCUGAUCUUUUUUACACUAAUUGGUGUUUUGACCAAUCACAUCAGAUCUUUUCACAUCAGAUUGUUUUCAGAGCUGAUCUGAUUGGUCAAAAGACCAAUUAGUGAGAAAAUAAAUAUCAGAAUUGUGCUGCCUGUGUAAACGCAGCCUACUAGAUGCAGACUACAGUAACGGAGCCAUUCUGACUAACAACAUGGGGGAAACAGGGAGCUGGGAAACAUGGCUGCUUGCAUGGCUGUAGCUAUAAUACUCUUUGAUUUUAAAAUCACCAGUGUUGGGGCGUUAAGAGUACUCCGAAUCAUUUUUUGGUGGUAACGAGUAAACUAACGCGUUCGUUUUUCAAUUUACGUAGUCAGUUACUUUUUAAAACAAGUACUUUUACCAUAUUAUUUCCCUUUUUCUAUGUUGGCUGGUAGUUAGCUGGCGAGAUGGCAGAGACAAUAGCCUAUAUCGUGGAAGUAUUUACAUUACAUUGAAUUGGUAGAAUAAAAUGACAGAUGUUACCCCUCGAA